AUGUUUUCUUUUCCGCUAUGCAGACUUCUCGCCAAUUUCAGUAACAACAUUGCAUUACAGAAUCGCUUCACGUGGGUUCUGCGACGAGUUAUCGCACCUGAACCAACACAGCCGGGAUGUAUUCAACGAAAUCCAGCCGAACAUCCAGAUCUAAUGAAAUAUGAAGUUGUAGAACAUGAAGAUUUUAAACCUGUAGGACCUUUAAAAGUGAUUCUACUCAAGGAUGUUGAGGGCAUUGGAAAUCAGUUCGAUGUUGUUGAAGUUGAUCGCAAACUUGCACGGCUUGAUCUUUUGUUGACGCAGAAGGCAGCGUAUGCAUCUCCCUUUAAUUUACAAUAUUAUGGAGAGAUGAAAGAGAAAAUGAAAGAUGAGUUGGCAAAACGCAUUCGUAUUCCAUAUGAUUAUGUUCUACUUGGAAGAGAUUUAAUUAAACGAGUUAUACCUUUGCGAGUCUCAAUGGAAAAACCUUGGCUGUUAGAUAGACUAAUAAUAAAAACUUCUUUGCGACAGGAGGGGAUUGAGAUAGUAGAUGAUAUGAUCUUCCUCGAACAAUUGAAUUUGAGAGGCCCAAAUAUCGAACUUGAAGCCCGAUUGCUACGGUUUUAUGUUGUUGUGUGUCAUCAAUACAUUGUUCCUAUGAUUGGUCGCAUUUGUCACACAUCAUCAGAUGAAAGCAAACAGGCUUGUUUUGUCCUUUAUCCUGAAAAAAUUGGAAUACCAAACGCUGAAAGUCUUAGAAAAUAUGGUAUAGAAGAGGAGAAGCCAUACUUUGCACCUGAACCAGAAAUAUUGGAGGAUUUCGACGUAGUGGGUCUCAUGAGGCAAAGAAGACAAGAGAUCAAUAAAAAAGAUGAUUUGCAUGCCAGGAAAUAA